CAGCGUGUGUUCGUGUAAUUAGUGGACGUAGUGCGCUUGCUAGUAACCAUUACCAUUAUCUAAAAUGGGGCUACUACCCCCCCACCCACACGUGGCCACCGCGGGGGCACGUUAGCGCUGGACGAUAGAUCGCACACUUAUUGGUACGGAUGGCCGUGCUUCUCUAUAUUACGCUCAGUAUUGGGGACGAUUUGCUGGCGCUCGGCAGCGCGCUCUACGAUUGUCGUGGUUCGUGGACGGAAUGUAGAUCGCAGUUGGCCUUGAUACGUAAGGAACGCCAAUUCGAGUCAUUGCUACUGCAACGCUACCCACCGGAUCGGGAGGACAAGGACGACGAGCCCGAACUGCGACGACGACGACGCCCACAGCACCAGCAGCAGCACAGAGGCCAGCAAGUGAAACAAAGGAUGUCAAGUGAAUCAUUGGAUAGUUGCGAUUAUGCUUUCCCCGAAACUAUUCCCUCGCCAGGCUCGAUUAGCCUGGACAAGAGCUCCUCGACCGAGGUUGUGUACACGCUCGAAAACAUCCGGGAGGUAGCGCCGGGACUUUGCUUCGUCGUCACGGGCACGGUGCUGCUCACCUGUGAACGCUUUGCCGUGAACCUGAUGCUGAAGAACUCCGAUAUAGCGCUGCACAUCAAUCCGCGACUGCCACAGAACUACAUCGUGCGCAACUGCUACGUGAAGGGGAGCUGGGGCCGUGAGGAGGUUGCUUCUCCGCUCACCUUCAACCUGCACCGUGGCCACCGGUUCGCUCUGCAGAUACUGGUGACCAACGAGGCCUUCCUGAUCUGCGUCAAUGGGCGGCACUGCAAUUCGUUCAAACAUCGGCUCCCUUAUCGGAAGAUCUGCACGCUCGAGGUCAAGGGUGAUGUGCGGGAUGUGGCCGUCGAUCAGUGUUACAUGGAAAGCUAUCCGCAGCUAGAGCUCGAAAUAGUCAAACGACGCACACCGGAGGAACAGCGGCAGCAGGUGGUGGAGGUGAACCAACUGGAGGGAAUGGAAGUCAAACAAAUGCCCUACACCGGCGUAUUACCGGUCCCGUUCACCAACGGCCAGAAACUGCACAUCUUUGGACGCAUCAAACUACUGCCACACUCGUUCUACAUCAAUCUGCAAUCGAGUGCCUACGUGUGGCCUCAUCCCAGCAUCCUGUUCCACCUGAACCCGCGCUUCGGUAACGUCGGAGGACGUCACGUCAUCUGCCGAAAUAGCUGGCGCAACGGCAAAUGGGAGCGCGAGGAGCGAACGGAAAAUCCGAGCGGCAUGCAACCUGGCAAUCCGUUCCACCUGCAGAUUGAGUGUACCGAUGUUGGCUAUCAGGUGAUGCUGAACAACAAGCUGAUUUCGGAGUUCAUUUUCCGGGACAAUCCGCAGCUUGUCGAAGCAGUCUACAUACAGGGAGACAUCAAGCUGUACGACGUUGUGGUGGAAACGGCGUACUAGAUUAGUUGUGCUCGAUAUAGAAAAUUCCAAAAACUAGUGUACCCUAGCCUACGCUCACAGAGAAACAAUAUUUGGAGGCUUAUAGUGUCCUGUAGCUUGUAGUUAGGGCGCACGUUCAAGCGUGCGCCACGUAUGUGUCUUUGGCGGACAAUUUUUGGCUGGCAGCUUGCUUGUCUUAUAUAUAUUCUAUUUGAUUCGGUAGAUGGAACAACUACGGCUGUUAGCGUUCCGCAAUAUUGCUCCCAAUGGACCCAAAAACGAGAACAAUAAACUAUGUGUUAAGAGAUGUUAAAUGAGAAGCCAGAAUUCGUUGCUUUUUUUUGGUUCAAAACCUUAUCAGUACCGUGUACUUUCGAAACGACAAGCGUAUUCUUAUCGCUUGAUGUUCUGUGUUAACUGGAGGACUUUUUUCGACUCUCUAUUCUUAGCACGUUACGGUUCUGGUCCCUGAUACAGUGCUUUUAGUCAACCCAGUAAUGAAAUUCAUUUAACUUUAGUUAAAACUUAGACAUACAUUUUAAUUUAAAUAUGUAAGAAUUGGUUUUUGAUUUUUUCAGUAUAUCCUCUUUGAAUUGUUGGCAUUUCCGCAGGGUUACAGUAUCAUCAAGACCUUUCUCUGCGCCGAACGUUACGCAUGGUGUUUGCUCAUCGAAUUACGUACAUUUUCACAUGAUCUUUUUUUAAACACCAUUAUUCCAUUAUUUUUUCUCGAUCUUUGCUUUCAUCACGACGAUCGUCCAAAAUGUACAGUGAUGGCCAGUCGUAUAGCCGCGGUGUUCUCAUGUUUUUUUCAAUAGUUGUAAAAAUUGAUUUAAUCCAAUGAGUAUUUGAUUAAUGAUUGAUUAUGAUUAUGUUAUUUAUCGCAUAAGUUAAUAUAAAUGGUUAUUUUUCGAAC